AUGACUGAUAUGGGACUUCUUGAGAAAGCAGAAAUAGAGCUCUUAGAUAGCAGCAUUGAAGUAAUGUAUAUCUAGGAUAUAGAAGACAGCUUUAAAGAAGUUAGAGACUUGAUCGCACUUAAAAGUGAAGAAAUUGACAUUCUAGCCCUGCUUCAAAGCUAUUCACUACAAGGAGAUCACAAGAAAUUAUCAAAAGGCCUAGUUUACGGGAUUCUCAUAGGCAUGGAUUGGCUUAAAUACCUCCUUCCUACCUCUCGUGACAAUUUUCAAACAGCCUGCAUCACCUUAACUCAAUUAAUCCCUUACUUAAAAUUUUAAUUUUUUUUUUUAAUUUUCACUAUAAAUUUAUAUAAUAAUAAUUUUUUUUUUUACUUAAAAUUCUCACAAAGAGCAAUCUGACUUUUCACCCAGCUAUGAAAACUAGACUCCCCUGCCUUUGCUGACAUGUUUUUAUCAUUUAUCCGAACCUUUGACCUUAUUAACGAAAUCAAGCCUGAGCUUGACUGAAUUUCUAACCAGCCCUUAAUUUCUUUGAUUUUUUACAAAAUUCUGCACCAGGCUUCACUCCUUGCAAAUGACGGAAGUCCAAUCCUUUUUGACUAUGUCCAAGUCUUAUCACAGAUCUGGAGACGUAGAAAAGAUGCGUGCUAUGCUAUAGGAAGAGACUUAAUUAGGAUUAUCAGCUCUUUGGCUGAAGUAAAUGGUAUUGAACAUAUAUGAAAUGACCUAUUUGCCCCUGGCAGAGAUGGGAAUCCUUUAUAUUGGACUUUACUUAUGACUCCUACACAUCCAAAAUUCCAUUCAAUGCUGCUUUUGCCUUCAAUAGAAGCAAGGCUUAUUUAUAUAAUAGAAAACGCUAAUCAGACUAAUUUUACGAGGUAUAGUAAUUGCCCGAGGAUGGCGCUAUCUUGCGCCAUCCUCGGGCAAUUCAAAAAUGGCCCCACACCGGAAAUCGAACCCACGUGUGGGGCCAUUUUUGGUGUGUGGCCAACAUCGACUUACACGCACCAAAAAUGGCCCCACACGUGGGCUCGAUUCCUGGUGUGGGGCCAUUUUUUGAAUUGCCCGAGGAUGGCGCAAGAUAGCGCUAUCCUCGGGCAAUUUCAUAUACCUCAAAUGGAUUUUAGAUGAGCAUGAUGAGUGUAUAAUGCCAGAUCUUGCAAGAUUUAUAGUGAAUUUUCCUGCAAAUCAUGAAGGAAUCCCUAGGUGGCAACUUAUAGAGUGGCUUUUAGCAUCAGCAAAAGACCAUCAUACACAAGCAAGCAUAAAGCAGUCAUUAUCGUUUGACUGCUUAUUUUUUAGCCAUAAUCAUAAAAUGGCUAACUCCCCCCCCCUCGUGAGUGAAUAAAAAAAUUUUGUUCACUCAUGGAGGGGGGGUUAAUUUUUUUUUUUUUAAAAAAUUUAUAUAAAAAAUAUUUUUUUUUCGAAAUUUAAAAAAAACCUAAUUCGCAAAAAUUGGAAAGCAAAUAUUAAUUUAAUUUAUAAAAUUUAUGUUUAAAAAAACAAUUCGUUUAAAAUUAAACAGAAUUGGCUCUAGAUUUAAUUAUACUAAUUAUCAUUAAUAUAUAUUUUUUUUUUCCAUAAAAAAUUUUUGUUCACUCACUGAGGGUGGGUUUUUUGGGCAAAAAUAGGGAUUUUUCUAAUGGUUUUUUUCACUCACGGAGGGGGGGGAGUAAGGCAAAUAAUAGCUUGAAGGGGACGCUCUGUCCUUUGACCUGUCCUGGAAAUUUGAAAGGUGUGCGGUUAUUCCACUUUCAUCCUACGGCAGUGAAGGAGUCUUAAAGGGAGACAGAAGUCGCUCACUCUUCAGCCAUCAAAACUAUUUUAGCAUACCCGAGGAGGUUUAUUGGCAAAGUAGAUUGCCCCAGCAGUCUACAGGCUUAAUACUGUAAAUUGCGGAAGCUCUCUGCUUGGUAAACUCAUAGUGUACGUUAGGCGGAACGAGCAGCGUUUAAAUUCUUCUUAAUGUAAUGAAAAAUUUAUUUUUUAAUCCUUUGCAAGAUCAGCUUUAUUCAAUAGAGCCGAUGAUGUCGCUUAUAGGCUUUUCUUUAACACGAUACCAAAGUGUAUCUUUAGCUGAAGAGUUAUUAGAAUUUAUGCUGACGUCAGCUGAAAGGCUAUUUUGUAUUGCUUAAAGUCGCAAUAAUAAUUUACUAAAAAUUUUGAUAGUAAUUAGCCUGAAAAUUUUGUGCAGAAUCAAUUUUUUUGAGCAAUUGUCUAAAUAUAGUCCGAGCACUCUUUUGCGCGGACUUCCUGAUUUUUUUCGAUAGGAAAAAGGGAGUUGGCUAAAUAAGCAUAUGCUGUUUUUAGCAACUCACCAUGGCAAAAAUCCCUGCAAAAAGUAGUUCUGUCACUUGAGGAGUUGAUAAAAUCAGUAUUAGUUAGCCAACUCCCCUAUCAAAGCCCAAGCAAAAAGAAUGCUCAGGCUAUAUAUAGGAAUUGCCCGAGGAUGGCGUUAUCUUGUGCCAUCCUCGGGCAAUUGGUAUAUAAAAUUCAGAGCAAAAAUCAUGCACCAGCUGAAAUGUAUGAUAAAAGGUCCACAAAAAAGGUUUUAAGGAAUUUAAAAGAGUGCUUUAAUGUCGCCUAUACUCAAGGAAUUUUCCCAUCAUUAGAAAUGCUGAGCUCCGAUGAGAGAAUUGAUUCAUUGAUUAGGUCAAGAACUACAGAUUUAAAUGAAAAUUAUAUGAAUGGUAUUGAGCCUGUGCUGUCUCCUCUGUGUGAAAUUGAAGAAAAAAUAAAUAAUGAGCCUAGGGAGGUUAUGAACUCGUUGGGGGCACUAGGGACUCAGUUUGCGAACGAGCCAACAUUUGAGAUUUUGUGCGAAGUUUUAGAAAAGCAAAGCCAAGUCACUGAAGAUUUAGCUAACUAUAUACUAAAAUGCUUGACAAAUGAGCUGCUGCAGCCUCUUUCUAAAGAAAUUCAAAAAAAUUCUAUUUUAUCGCAGAUUUUUUCACAAAUUUCGCAGAGCCAAAAAAUGAGAGAAUUAACAAAAUAUUUAAAUUCAGCUGAGCCAGCUGUAGGGAUCCGUUUACUCCCCCUUUUAUGAAUUCAUAAGCUUUUUUGCCCAUCUUAAAAUAGUUAAUUUUUUAAAUUUUGUUUUAUUAAUGUUAUUUUUUUAAGAGAAAGCCUUGUUAAAUUAUUAAUUUCAUAUUAAGGAAAAAUUUAAUAGAAUUAAUUGAGAUAUCUUUAUAAAAAAUAUUAAUUAUAGUUAAAUAUUUUAUAAGCAUUUUCCAAUUUUUUUGCUCACUUUUAAAGGGGAUUUAGUGAUUUAUUCUCUGCAAACAAAUUCCACGCUUUACCUCCAAUUUGAUAGCCAGCUUGAAAGGGAUCUAAAAAUCUGUCUCCACGAUAGCAAUCAAGAAAUACUGAGCUGGAUAUUCCCAUUGGUUUUUGAAAACUUCCCUUCUAUAAUAACUCCAAAUAUAAUCCAUUUAUACAUACAAAAUUCAGAAAUACAUACCAUUUAUCGGACCGAAUUAGAUUUAUCAUUAAAAAAAUAUAUUCUCUAUUAAUUUAAUAAACAAAAACCAAAUAUUUAUUUCUAUUUUCCUUCCAAAAAGUAAAUAAGGAUACAAUUUUUUCUGAUAAUUAUGUCCAAAUUCUUGAAAAAUCAAAAGAAUUUUCAUCAAUUGAGCAGGCGAUUUUAUGGAAACUUAUUCAAGCAGAAUUCAAGCCAGAAAUGAUAAGCAAAAUUUUAGAGUACUUAAAAAGCUCUAUUUCAGCUUGCGAACAAUGGGAAAGCUUAUCAGGGCUGCUAACUUAUUUGUGUACACAUAUAAGUUAUUUAAAUGACGAGCACAUAAAAUUACUUUUACAGCUUCCUGCAAAAGUAUUUAAAGUGACUGUUUAUAUUGUUUUUUCAAAGCUCCCUGGGAAUUUAAUUAAGGAAAAUAUCUUAGAAGGCCUGCGAAGAUUCCAGUUCCAUUCUCAGAUAAAUUUAUUUAAGCACUUAAAGCACUGGACUGAGCAGAAAGGGAAACUUAAAGACAUUUUGAAAGAAAAGUCUAUACAGGAAAUGCUAAUUCAGACGCUACAGUCUUUUGCAUCAGACUAUUUCAAGGAGUUUAAUUGUUUAUUGGAAAGUGGGAAGCAGCUUUAUACUCUUUAA